UUGUUUUACUUAAACUUUUUCCUCUAUUAUCUCAUUCCACCCACCCCCUGCUCUUAACUCCCAUUCUUUUAAACUUCUUCUCUCCCUCGCUGAGUGUGGGGGAACUCACCUCAGACUAAAGGCGCCCCCAGUUAGUUCCUCCUGUGACCCGCCGUGGUUCAGAACCAUGUCUAACCCUUUCCACUCCGCUUAUCUGCGGGGAAGCUUUGGCUCCUUCGCCGCCGACAUGAGGAAAAUGAUCAACGCGCCGGAGAUGAGUGAUGUAAAAUUCAUUGUCGGAGAGGAGCAGAAAGUGGUGUAUGCUCACCGCUGCAUCUUAGCAUAUCGCUGUGAGGCAUUUAGAACAAUGUUUGCCCAGCGAGUUCUGUCACGUGAUGCCAAAGAAGCCGAAGUUCCAUUUGUUCUUUCAGAUGUGCAGCCAGAUGUCUUCCUGGCUGUGGUUGAGUUUCUCUACACAAACUGUGUGAUGCUGAGCCGCAAUAUAGCUCUGGAUGUACUUACAUCAGCAGUGGAAUAUGGCCUGGAUGAGCUUCAAAGGAUGUGUGUGGACUAUAUCAAUAGUACCCUGACAGUAGAAUCGGCCUGUGAAGCAUUGCAGGCUGCAGUGACAUACAGACAGACCAACAUGAAAGACAAAUGCCUAGCUUUCAUUGAGGGACACACCAAAAGUAUUGUGAAGACCCGAGGCUUCCAUGAACUUUCUGACCUUGCCUUGCUUGCUAUUCUGCAGAGCGACAUGCUGACUAUCGAUGAACCGGAUUUAAUUAACUUUGUCAGAGAAUGGGCUCAUGUUAACUCAGUAGUUCUGGACAAACCGGUACCUGAAAUAGCAAAGGACGUUAUCGGUGAACUACGGCUUUUUCUGUUGAGCCCUGAAGAACUGACAAUUCUAGAAGCUGAAAACAUGAAAGAUAACCUCAUUCCUAUGGACAAAAUAGCUGAAGUAUGGAAGUUUCAUGCAUUAAAGAAACCAAGUGGGAUCGCAGCACAUCUUCCUCGGAGACGGAAAGGCACUCGGCUUCGAGAACAUCACAAGUAUCUCAACCUCUACCACAAAUAGAGGUCAAUGAUACACAAUAGUACUUGAAACUGUACUCUAUUCUUAGAUCAGAGGAAUUCAUCAGCUGCCAUAACCUCUACUGAAUCAAAUCAAACUAGUAUGUCAUGGAAUAUGGUACAAGCCCUUACAGUGGAGCUGUAUUCCAUCUAGCUUCUAUGAUGUAGGAUAAUAAAACAAAGAACUACAGAUGCUAGAGAUCUGAAAUGAACAAAAACAAAAAUUGCUGGGGAAACUUAUC